AAAUGGCUGCUAUUAAAAGAACCUAUGAAGCCGCGAUAUUCACACACCCUCUAACGCUGAGUGUGAUUAGAGUUGCCAGUGGUUAGGCAAACAUACUAGCAAGAUAACAUUUAAAUAAAACAACUAGCUAGCUACUUACCGGGAGUCGCAUCUUUCCGAUUUUGGUAGAGCAGAUCACCGAGCCCCCCCAGCCAAGCCAACACUCCCGACCUGUUGCUCCACUGAAGAGACCAAAUUGAUCAUCAAACUCCCGGUAGGAGCGAACAAGCUGGUCCCUAUGGUCGACUCCCAAAUUACCCAAGUGACGGAGCUUUAAUGUUGCUGCCUAGCUAGUACCGAAAUUUAAAUGACGAACGCCCAGGUGCCUCUUGAGGAAAGCACUAGACCAUUGAAUUCCAGGCAGGAAGUGGUUCCACGGCCAGGCCUCCACAGAAGGCCCAUGACGGCUCCAAAGACUCAGAAAGACAAGGCGUCUAAGACGAAGAGAGUGUUGCUGACUGUCGUAAUGGUUGUGGUUUUACUUGGCAUACUGGUCACUGCAGGAUACUUCAUUAAGGUGCUGAUUGAAAGCAAAUAUUUCUUCUGCAAGCGUUCAGUAAAGUUCAUCCCCAUAGAAAAAGCCUGUGAUGGGAAAGAUGACUGUGCUGGAGGAGAGGAUGAAAUGACAUGUCUGUCAAGCUUUAAGGACAACACUACCUUUCCAGUGCGUCUCAUAACAGAGCAGCUGGUCCUGCAGGUGUACAGUAGUGGCCCAGGUUGGCGGAGUGUGUGUAGCGACGACUGGACUGAGCAGAACACACAGACAGCAUGUAAACAACUGGGCUACACAUAUAAACCUCGUAACACCAGUGUCCCAGUGGACACCCUGACGUCUUUCCUAAAAACUGGGCCAUUUACAGCUAUCAGGCCUGGGACUACAAACACACCCAUACAUCAGGCUACCAUUGACCGCAGUGUAUGCAGUUCCGGAUCUGUGGUAUCUUUGUCUUGUUCAGACUGUGGAAAGGUGCACGGUGAGGACCGUAUUGUCGGGGGUACAGAUGCUGUCAUUGAAGACUGGCCCUGGCAGGUUAGCCUGCAGCAGGAAGGUCAACACACAUGUGGAGGCUCACUGGUGUCACCGAGUUGGGUUGUCACUGCCGCCCACUGCUUUACUGGCAGUAAAAAGGAGCUGAGUCGCUGGAGUGUGGUGUCAGGCCGGACAUACAUGAGCAUACUGGGUGGUUCCUGUGUGGACAGGAUCAUAGUGAAUGGAAACUACAAUUCAGCACAAAACGACUACGACAUUGCACUGAUCAGACUCUGCAGCCCAAUCACAGUGGGAGUGGGCCGCAAGCCGGUUUGUUUACCUCCUAAAGCAUUUGGCCUUCCUGCCGAUGCCUCCAUGACUGUGACUGGCUGGGGAUACCUGAAGGAAAACGGUAAUGUUUCUCCUACACUUCAGAUGGCCUCUCUCCUUCUGAUAGACCCGGCGCAGUGUUCCAGCCCCACAGUGUAUGGUAGUAUCAUAACCCAAAGGAUGAUCUGUGCUGGUUUCCUGCAGGGGGGAGUGGAUGCCUGCCAGGGGGACAGUGGGGGGCCUUUGGUGUACUUCACCUCUUCUCAGUGGCAUCUGGUUGGAGUGGUGAGCUGGGGCAUUGGCUGUGCUCGGCAGGGAAAGCCAGGUGUCUACAGCAACGUUGAAGAGAUGCUAAACUGGAUUUAUACGGUCAUUGAGGAUAACCCCUGAGGUCCUCUAUCAUGCUGAGCAGCCACCUCAAGACUCAGUCCAGUCUACCUUGGACACUCUGUGAAACUAAAAGAAAGCUUUUGGUUCAACAUGGUUGACUGGAGAUGGGAGACAGAAGGGGGAAGUUGAAGAUCAAUCUCAGCAGCAACACAAAUUAACUGCUAAACACAGCCAUACGCAAAAACACCACACACACACACACACACACUUUCUUACUUCUUACUUAUUUCAGGUGUUAUUUGUGCUAUUUCAGGCGCUUGUCUCAGGGAACAAGUAUAUUUAUGUUAUGUGUCUCUGGCCAGUCUGAUUUGUGUCGGAAUGGACGACGAUAGAAUAUUUGGUAUUGACGUGAGGAGUUAGCAAUAACUGUACAAACCGUUUUAACUGUUUGGACCUUAGCAGAGUGGCAGACAUCAGACAUAAUGUACUUGAUUAUGUGCUAUGAUUUACUGUGUGUAAUGUUAUGAGGGUUUAUACAGAAAACUACAAUGUACAGGAAGUUGACAGACAGCCAGAGCAGCGGCAGCAGAAGUCGGUGUGAAGCUUCAGGUUAUUAUCACCAUUAUAAGUGUAGUCCAGGAGUUUAAUGCAUUUGAUGCUGAUUUAGUUGACCUGAUGUAUGUCCCUAUUGAAGGGAAUAUGCACCUUUUUUACUGCACAGAUGGUGUGCUUGUUUCCUAUCGCAUAUUGAUUUACAUGAGCACUUUAAGUAAGAAGCACAUGACCUUACUGUAUGUGCAGAUGAUUUGAGUUACUAAUGCACUGACCACUAAAACUCAAACCACUGUUGUGUGUUCAUAAUGCCACCACACUGGGUUUCAAAGUGCAAUCGGAUAUCCAGCGUGCCUUCAGAAAACUCACCAUGGCCAGAAUGUAGAGUGGUGGGUCUUUGCCUUUACAGCUAAAAUUAUAUAAAUGUAAUUUCCUAUAAUUUGUAGCAACAGAGAUUAUAGUAGGUCAAUUUUGUAAAAUGUGUGCACUCAGGGAAAACCCUGCCAUUUCUUCAUUUUAAAUUAAUCAUUUGAAGCAAAGUAAAAUCUACCUGUAUUUUUUUAUUUUUAACGUGUGGUAUGAUAUUAAAUAGUUGUACAGGAUUAACAUUUCUUUGAGGUUUGGUGAGUGAUAACAUUUCACUGUAUAUGGUACAUUGUGUUGCUUUUUAUAUUGUAAUUUUUAAAUGUAAAUAUAAUAGACAUUUUUCUUCAACUUGG